GCUUCUCCCGUGCUGUCCCUGCCCGCUUGCUGUGCUCCCACCGACAUGGCCGUGUCACCUGGGAGCUGUGGGGGAUGCACCCAAGCCCCAGGCCGGGGGGAUCCCCCCUUUCCCCUCUGCACCCCUGCAAGCUGCCUCAUCGCUGCCGUUCUCCAGGCAAACUCCAUCCCGGCCAGCCACUGCACAUCUGCAUCAUGAGUCUGAGAAAGAUGUGCUUUUUCCAGUGACUCAGCCGGGCACAGAGCCAAGCUCCUCUCUUUGCCCCACCCAGGAGCUCAGGGUUUGAGAACCUCCUUCCUCUUCCCAAAAGCCGUCGGAGAAGGGCACGUUUCAAACUGAAGCCUUUGCAAAGUGUUAAGGCUGUUUUCAAAAGCUUCCAUUUUGCCCAUCAGAUCAGCCUUGGCUGCAUCCCAACUCCUGCACAGCCCUAUGUGCUGAUGGAAACCCCCCACGACCACAGCCUGAGCAAAAAGUGCACAGAAAGUACUGAGAAAGCUCCAGAACUGGUUUCAGCAACUUUUUCAAGUUUGGGAGAUCAUCAAGACUUUGCCAGUGAUGCUAACAAUAAUUGCCUCUGUGGGAAGUGACUAAAACCAAACAGAAGGAAAGAGGACAAACAUGCAAUUGAGAGGGACAGAAAGAGAUGUCUCACCUGUCAUCUUUGCUGUAGUGAAGCUUUUGGAGGGCUUACUGGGAAACUAAAAUGGCUGAGGUUUCACAUAUUGCUUAGGUAAGUCCCUUUUCAGCCCCUUUUGAAGUACCCCUGGUAUCAGCAAGCAGCUCCAGAGGCUGGGACAGUAGGUAGGAGGAAGGGACAUUAGCAAAGGUGUCUUGCUCCUGGAACAGCUCCUUGCACAUCAGCUAGCACCAGCCAUUUCAUCCCCCACUGGAGUGUUCCUCAGUGCUGGGGCUGAGCCAGCACAGCUCCCACUGCAGCACACACCUCUCAGCCCCCGGACGAGAUGGCCGCCCUCAUCGCUGAGAACUUCCGCUUCCUCUCCUUGUUCUUCAAGAGCAAAGACGUGAUGAUUUUCAAUGGUUUGGUGGCCCUGGGCACGGUGGGGAGCGAGGAGCUCUUCUCAGUCGUUGCCUUCAACUGCCCCUGCUCCCCUGCCCGCAACUACAUCUAUGGGCUGGCUGCCAUCGGUGUCCCGGCCCUGGCCCUCUUCCUCAUUGGUGUCAUGUGGAACAACCACACCUGGAACCUGGUGGCCGAGUGCCACAAGCGUGGCACCAAGAACUUCUCUGCUGCUGCCACCUUCCUCCUCUUUGGCUCCAUCCUUGGCCGGGCAUCCGUGGCACCCAUCACGUGGUCGGUGAUCUCUCUGCUGCGUGGGGAAGCUUACAUCUGUGCCCUCAGCGAGUUUGUCAAGCCGUCCUCCCUGGACAAGUUUCCGGCUGAGUACGGGGCUGAGGUGCUGGCCAAGUUCCCCUGUAGAGACGUCCCUGCAAACCUCACCAAGUCCAGGGACGAGGUGACACGGAGGCUGAGAUACGAGUCCCAGCUCUUCGGCUGGCUGCUCAUCGGCAUCGUUGCGGUCCUGGUUUUCCUCACCAAGUGCCUGAAGCACUGCUGCUCGCCGCUCAGCUACCGGCAGGAGGCCUACUGGGCCCAGUACCGCGCCAACGAGGACAAGCUCUUCCGACGCACGGCCGAGGUCCACUCCAGGAUCCUGGCAGCCAAGAAUGUCAAACAGUUCUUUGGCUUUGUGGCACUGGACAAGGAGGAGAAGGAGCUGGUGCAGGAGUUCCCGGUGGAGGGCGUGCAGCCGAGCCCCCAGUGGAAUGCCAUCACAGGUGUCUACAUCUACCGAGAGAACAAGGGCUUCCCCCUCUACAGCCGCCUCCACAAAUGGGCCAAAGGAGUGGAGGGGAAUGGGCCAACCCCAGAAGGCCACGAACUGCUGUUUUUAGCUUCCUGAGACAGAUGUGCACCCCACUUCCCCAGACUGCCUGUAUCGGUGCUCAGCUGAGGGAUGCACUGGGAACAUUCCUCCCAGCAGCAUGACUUCUCUCAGCAGGUAAACAGGAAUCAACAGCCUCAAGGAAGACUGAUAAGCAAUACCCCGAGCUGGGAAACCCCUCUCUUGGAAACAACAGUCACACUGAUGUUCCCAGAGACACAGGGGAGCAAAGAGCAGAUGCUGGGCAGGUCCCAGAGCACUUUACAGACUUUGCCGCCUUCUUUUGCAGGCAAAAGGAAGCAGUGGGUAAAUUUCUGUCUUGAUUUGAAAAACAGGUGUCUGCUAAGGAAAGCACGAGUCUCUCUUGAAAUGGGAAAUGUAACUCCCCCUCCCUCCAAAUUAUUAUAAUUUUGAAAUUAAGGAGUUCUCAAGCAAAGAUAUGGGAAUAGGAAUAACAGUUCUUUACUAGGAAAAUUAAAAUAGAAAUACAAUAUUACAAAGAACAAACCAAAACACUGGCAGAGUUAGAAUACAACCUGACACCCCAUCAGUCAGUCAGGGUGUUGCUAGCAGUCCCAUUAAAUGGUGGCUGCAGUCCUCCUGCAGUGGCAGAUGUGGUUCAGUUGGAGCAGUGCUCCUGUAGAAGGGUGCAGUUUUCCUCUGAACGUCCAGUGAUGGUGUGGAAAGGUCUGGUUUUCCUCUGGAAUCCAGUUGAAAAAGGCUGCCCUGACGUUCCAAAUCUCAGACUUUAUCUAGGUAGGAAAUGCUUGGCUCCUCCCCCUGGCUGGAGCAUCUCACAAUGGGAUGUUGUAAUUUUAUCAGUCAUGCAGUGGGACUUAAUGAUGGAUUGUGGAAGAGAUAAAGAACCUGGUUUCAACAGAUGGUUGCAAGCCAAGACAAUUCCUGGGGCAAGGAGGAUGCAAUAGCAUCUAGGAUGGAAUGGGUCAGUAACAUAGCCACAUUCCAAAUAACAGAGACUAAAGCAGGAGGAAUCACCAAUAUGCCUGGUAUUCAGAAAGGCACUCUGUAAUCACCAAGUUGAAAUUUGGGUAAGAGACCGAACUCCCUUUGUUCUUACUGAAGUGCCUGGCAAUUUCUGAUGAACCCAAAUGGUCGCCACCAUGAGUCUAUACACCCAAAGGAGGCACCAUCAGCAGAACAGCUUUGGGGCAAGGUAGCACGGUGGAGAUUGAGUGGAAUCAGUACCCACAGCACUCUGCACCUCAUUGCAUUUCUCAUCCAACCAUUGGAUGAGAGUCCUUUGUUUAGGUUACAAGCUGCAGGAAGUCCUCAUCCAGAUUUGGCUUUACAUACAUGUGUAUAUAAGCAUACAUAUAGUGUAUAUACUGUGUAACUGUAGUUAGUCAGUUGUAAUUAUGGAGCAUCUUUCUCAGAAGGGAAGAGGAUGAGAAAGCUGCCAGCCCAAAGAGCACAUUGCAUUCACCCAUCUGCUGCACUGGGACUGCAGCCCUGGAGCAACAAGGGAACAGCAGUAACAGGAUUGGGGAGCAGCCCUCUCCCCACCCAUCUACCACUGAAUUUUCUAAAACUUUCCACUGCCUUAAUUGGCCCCUGGAGCAGAAGGUCUCUUUUAUGGACUUGGCAAUAUUCUUGGAAAGCAAAACCAGAAAGGUGUAAAAUUACUGCCCUCACCAAGACACUGUGUGACUAUGGCUUCAAGGCUGCUCCUCUGGCAUUGCACAGUCCCUUUUCUCCCAAGGGUCAAUCCUGUGUACCCAAUACUUUUCAAAGAGGUGGCAGGACAGAGAAGUUUGUUCUUCCUACUUGAACUGUUUUGUUAUAGGUACAACUUCCUCUUACACUGUGCCAUUUACCAAAAAGCCUUAAGUUGUUAAAAAAACAGCUCAAACCCUCAGAACUCAGAGGGGCUUACAAGGAAAUUUGAAAUACAUUAUUAAAUGAGA